AUGCCUAGAUUGACUCCUUCAACGGUUCCAAAAGUUACAAAUUUUGGUGAAAAAAUAUUAAAUUUAACUAGAAGCAGUAUAGGAUCUGUAACUAAUGAUGUAGGGACAGCAACUAGUGACUUACUUCCUCAUUUUAGAGUAGGUGAAAAAGAAAUAUAUUUCCCAAAGGCAAGAAUUAUCUUGUUAAGACCAAAUGCCAAGCAUACACCAUACCAAGCAAAAUUUAUAGUUCCCAAAUCGUUUAACAAACUUGAUCUAAGGGAUUAUCUGUUCCAUCUCUAUGGUUUAAGGGCAUUGAAUAUCACUACACAACUGUUACAUGGUAGAUUUGUUAGAAUGAGUGCUUUUUCAGGUAGAUUUAGAGGACCACAGAUUAAGAAGAUGACAAUAGAAAUGGAACAACCUUUUAUCUGGCCUGAAGAACCUGAAAGCAGUGAAGUUGCACGUUGGAAUGAAGAAUUCCAGAAUGAACUGAAUAAAUACAAAGCAGAAAAUCAAAUGUCUGUUGGUUCUGAUAUAAAUAAACCUUCAACUGCCUUCGAUGGUACGUUAGGUAAAUACGCAGAAGGUGCUCAACCGUUUAUUCCAAGAUUUUGGAAGAGCGAGAUUAUAAAUAAAAGAGACAGAGCAGAGAAGAAGAUUAAGUACAUGGAACAAUUAUCAAAAAUAGAUAAAUAUGCCAAAAACAAUGAGAUAACUCACUAA